AGGUGAACUUUCUGGCCUCUACUCUCUUCAAGGAGCAGCAGUAAAUGAACAUGGCUCAGGGAUCCGUGUCAUUCGAGGACGUGAACGUGGAGCUCACCCGGGACGAGUGGCAGCAGAUGGGCCCCGGGGAGAGGAGCCUGUACAGGGAUGUGACGCUGGAGAACUAUGGCCACCUCGUCGCAUUGGGGUGUUGCAUUACCAAACCUAAGGUUAUCCUCAUGUUGGAGCAAGGAGAAGAACCAUGGUCCCUAGAAGUCAAAUUCCUAAACCGGAAGUACCCAGGAUAUUAUAAAAUUGAUGACAACAUACAAGAGAUCCAGGAAAAACAAAAGAAACCUCUGUGUCAAGUAAUAUUCAUUGAUGACAAUGACAAAACAUUGAAUAAAGAAGAACAGAAAGUUUUAGAAAGACCAUUAAAUCUGGGCAUAGCUCCAGAGUUUUCAGGAAAAAUACCCCAUCAAUGUGACUUGUGUAGAAGGAAUUUGCCAGUUGCUUCUGAGUUAAUUAUAAGUGAAAGAAACUAUUCAAGAAAGAAGGUUGAUUACAUGAAUGUGUCUGAGAAAUUGCAGCUUGAUUUCAAGCAUGAGAAAACUCAUCCUGGAGAGAAAUCUUAUGAAUAUAAUAAAAAUGUGAAAGCUCACAGUUAUAAGAAAGAUCAGUAUCAGAAAUUUCAAACUUUGGGGCAGUCUUUUGAAUAUAAUGAAUUUGGAAAUGUUUUAUCUGACAAGACUGUCUAUAUUAGGGCAGAGACUUUUGUAACAAAAGAGAAGUCCUCUAAGGAUGAUGAAUUUAGGAUAAACUGUGAUAAAACCUUUUUAUUUCACUACAUGACAACUGACACAAGGGAAAAAUGUUCUGGUCUUGAUGACUGUAGGAAAUCCUGUAACAGAGCCACCAUUGUGGAGUACAAUAAAGUUCACAUGGCUAUGACACGCCAUAAAUUUAAUGAAAGUGGGAUUAAUUUCAGUGACAAGUCAUCCUUCUUUCAGUCUCACAGAACUGUUAUAGAACAGAGUGCAUUUGAAAGCAGUAAAUAUAAAGACAAGUUUAGCCAGAGCUCAGCUCAUGUAGUACGUCAGAAAACACAAACUGGAAGAGAUAAAGUCUGUGAAUAUAAUGGAUGCACAAAUACCUUCUACCAGAAAUUAGACCUUACAAUACAUCAGAGAACUCAUAAAGAAGAGAAAUUCUGCUGUUCUGGCGAAUAUGGGAGAUGCAGAAAAUACUUUCACCAGAAAGCACACCUUAUUUGGUAUCCGAGGACCCACUCAGGGGAGAAACUUCAAUAUGAAGAACGUGGGAAAUCCUUUUAUACAAGUUCACACUGUAUUCAGCAUUCUGGAGCUUAUGUGGGAUUCAAACUUUAUGAAUGUAAUGAAUGUGGGAAAACUUUCUGUCAGAAGUCAAACCUUAGUGAACAUGUGAGAAUUCACACAAAGGAGAAAACUUAUGGUAACAAUGACUGUGGGAAAUCUUACAGGUCACCCCUUGUAGGACAUCAGAGAACAGAAACAAAGACGAAUCUCUGUGAAGGCAGUGAAUGUGGGACAACAUUCUUCAAUAUGGCAUGUCUCAAAGAACAUUGGAGAAUUCCCACUGAGGAGAAACCUUAUGAAUGUAUUGAAUGUGGGAAAACUUUCUUCACGUCCUCACAUCUCAGAGCACAUCAGAGAAUUCACACAGGUGACAAACCCUGUGAAUGUAUUGAAUGUGAGAAAACUUUCUCUGACAAGACACACCACAAUGCACAUCAGAGAAUCCACACAGGAGAGAAACCCUAUGAAUGUAUUGAAUGUGGAAAAUCUUUUACCUGUAAUUCAGCCCUAAAAGCACAUCAGAGAAUUCGCACAGGGGGAAAACCCUAUGAGUGUAGUGAAUGUGGGAAAACUUUGGCUGCUAAUUCAGCCCUCAGGGCCCAUCACCGAAUCCACACAAGGGAGAAACCCUACAAAUGCGAUGAAUGUGGGAAAACUUUCUCUGAGAAGUCAAAUGUUAGUGCACAUCAGAGAGUUCACACAGGGGAGAAACCCUAUGAAUGUAAUGAAUGUGGGAAAUCUUUCUCCAAGAAGUCACACCUUAGGGCACACCAGAGGACUCACACAGGGGAGAAACCCUAUGAAUGUAAUGAAUGUGGGAAAACUUUCUCUGAGAAGUCAUAUGUUAGUACACAUCAGAGAAUUCACACAGGGGAGAAACCCUAUGAAUGUGAUAUAUGUGGGAAACCAUUUGCCCAUAACUCAACCCUUAGAGUGCAUCAGAGAAUUCACACAGGUGUGAAAUCCUAUGGCUGUAAUGAAUGUGGGAAAACUUUCUCCCAGAAGUCACACCUUAAUGCACACCAGAGGACUCACACAGGGGAGAAACCCUAUGAAUGUAAUGAAUGUGGGAAAACUUUCUCUGGGAAGUCAUAUGUUAUGGCACAUCAGAGAGUGCACACAGGAGAGAAACCCUAUGAAUGUAAUAUAUGUGGAAAACCAUUUGCCCUUAACUCAUCCCUCAGAGUGCAUCAGAGAAUUCACACAGGGCAGAAACCCUAUCAAUGUAAUGAAUGUGGGAAAACUUUCUCACAGAAGUCACACCUUAAUACACACCUGAGGACUCACACUGGGGAGAAACCCUAUGAAUGUAAUGAAUGUGGGAAAACUUUCUCUGAGAAGUCAUAUCUUAGUGCACAUCAGAGAACUCACACGGGGCAAAAACCCUAUGAAUGUAAUGAAUGUGGGAAAACUUUCUCCCAGAAGUCACACCUUAAUGUACACCAGAGGACUCACACAGGGGAGAAACCCUAUGAAUGUAAUGAAUGUGGGAAAACUUUCUCUGGAAAGUCAUAUGUUAGUGCACAUCAGAGAGUUCACACAGGGCAGAAACCUUAUGAAUGUAAUAUAUGUGGGAAACCAUUUGCCCUUAACUCAUCCCUUAGAGUGCAUCAGAGAAUUCACACAGAUGUGAAAUCCUAUGGAUGUAAUGAAUGUGGGAAAACUUUCUCCCAGAAGUCACAGCUUAGUGCACACCAGAGGACUCACACAGGGGAGAAACCCUAUGAGUGUAAUGAAUGUGGGAAAGGUUUUGCCCACCUGUCAACUCUCAGAGUACACCAGAGAGUUCACACAGGGGAGCAACCCUAUGAAUGUGGUGAAUGUGGGAAAAUUUUUGUUCGUAAGGCAGCUCUUAGAGUACAUCACAUCAGAGUGCAUACCAGAGAGAAAACCCUUACACAUCAUGAAUUUGAGAAGUCCUGAAUUACCUCAUACCUUCUUUUAUAUCACACAGCAGAGAAACUCUUGUCAUGUAGACUGGAAAAUUGUUUUUCUUAACAUUUUCCUUUUCUACUAGGCUUAUAGCUUCUUGAAAAUCCCAAUCUCAUUCAUCCAGAUGGGCUGACCAAAGAAUAUGAUGCUAAUGAUAUAUAUUACAUUUAGUCCUGGCCCUUAAAUAUCUUAUAGUCUUCCUGGUCCAUGGUAUGAUGGGAUUGAGAUGAUUUCCACAGCAAUUUGGUUUUUGUGUGUUGAAUGUGGUGGAGCACAAGGUCAAAAAAAGCUAGAGUCUGAAUAUCUGGAAUAUAAUUCUCUGCUUCCAGAUCUUCAUCAGUUGUUUGUCUUUCAAGGAAGAAUUAAGUUUUUGUCCACUGAGCUCUCAGAUUUGACCUAUUAAAUGCGUUGUUUUGCUGUCUCUCUAUUAGACUGGGAUGAGAUCCUAUUAAUAUAAUUCAUUUCAGAAGAACUAUAAGUAUUCAGUUUUAUUGUAUAUCAGAGACUUCAUGUGAAGAAAAAAUUGUCAACAUCCUGAAUGAUGAGAAGCCUUCAUUAAAGUCAGACAUUUCAGGAAAAACACAAAAGCCUUCACAACAAAAUUGCAUUAAACAUCAAAUAAUUGGGAUAAAAUUUUAUAUUUUGAAUAAAUAAUUUUAACUAAUAUGCAAUGUUUGUUUUUAGAAAUUUCUUUCCUGAGGAAGUGUGUCAGUUUCAGAAUUGAAGAAAAUAAAAUCCUCACCUACAAAAACUACUGUUUGUAUGUAAUAUCAAAAAUUUUAUAAAUAUUUAAAAAUACCUGUAGUCAAACUCACUGUAGAAUUUGAAGUUUUUUAAAUAGAAGAAUAGCUUAAAUUCUGUGGAUAACACCAAUAAAUAUUUAUGAAAA